GAUAACGAAUUAACGAGUGUGCGGUGCACGUGGUAAUUUAUGAUUUACGGAUUUUGGAUUUUGUAAAUAGUUUUUCCUCUCGUGCGCUCCUCUGAUUUUGCACAAAAGUUCUUUUCCACCGUAGAAAAUUCAUGAUUCAACCUAUAAAGAUUAUAAUAUCUUAAGGAAAAUCACUUUUCAAUUUUUCUCCGGAGUUUCUCUAAAUUUUUUGAGAGAAAAAAAUUGGUAACAAUGGAACAGGUGAUAGAUUUACUACAAACCAGUUUGGAGUCAUCUCAAGAAGAUUUCCAGCAGAUUCUGUCCUCUUUUACGGAGCACAAAGUUUUUUUACGCAAGGGUUUCAAAGUGGAUUCUGUUGUGAGUCAAAUAAAUGCUUUAUUGAACUCUGAUGAUAACCGUGCCAAGGGUGUUUUACUUCUCCAUGCCUUUUUGCCACAGUGCAGUUCUUCAGUUGUAGCAACUCAUGGAUUUUUCUGGAUGCAGCAAUGUCUUAAAUCAGCUGAACAAGAUGCUGCAAUACUCAUUCUUGAACUUCAAACCCUAGGUCAUCUUUUUACAUUGUCAGCUGAAUCUAUUGACCUGAGAAAAAAUGUUGUCAACACUCUGUUACCGAAGUUCUUUGAUAAAUUAGACGGAAAAGGUUCAAAAGAGAUUCGAGCUGCAAAAAUGAAGUGCCUAAUCAAUGUGAUGAGUCAUUAUGCAGGAGCCUGUGGUUUACGUAGAGGGAUCAUCGAUAAGUUUAUUCAAAAAUCAUUGAAAGUGAUGAGUGAAGAUGACAAGGAAUGGCUAGCAGAUGCAUGCAAAUGCUAUUUACUAUUGGCUCAAUGUGGUGGCAGUGGGAAUCAAGGAUCCAUUCACAAAGGGAACUGGAGUCAACAGGUCCAAGUGCUGCUGAACACCGCUCACAGCCUCCUGGACUCCCUGUUCGAUUCAGUCACUGAAAUACAGGUGUCCAAAACUUUAUCAGCUGAUGUAACAGAGAAAAAACUAGGCGCAAUGGAAUCAGUACCCACCUUUGAAAAUUCCCUCGCACGAUACAAUUUUUAUUCCUCCAUGUUCUACAAAACAAUGAAAGCUCUGCAGAUCAUGCUGCUAGGCGCUUUCCCGGCUCCUAAAAGCAUCAUGCCUAUUGCUGUUUUCAAUUUGAUAUGCCGAGGACUAGCUGUAAACUGCAAAACCGUCUCAAAAAGUUCGCUAACUCUCGACCGAAUAGCUCUUGUUUCGGUCAUUCCUUUCAUCCAUGUGGGACUUUUGGAUACUUUAGAUGCUUUGAUUAAAUGCUGUGGUAGAAAUUUGAUCCCUUACGGCUCUCUAAUAUGCAAGUUAACAUGCCAGUCCUUGAAAUGGACCAAUGAAGAGUGGGAAUAUGCCCUCGAAAAACCGUACAAAUCAGUCAGAAUCUCAACGUACAAAGCCCUCCAGUCAUGGCUCAACUGCUCCAGAUUAGCCAGUUGUAUUGAGCCAUUCCUUGAUGAAAUCAUUGAGCUGUUGGAAAAAGACUUCAAGUACCAAGAGCCCACUAUCAAACUUCAGGAUAAAAAUCAAAGCGGUGAUGCAAAAGGAAAACGCAAGAAGAUAACUUAUGCACAAGAUGAAGAAGUUGGGAGGAAGGACCUCUCAAAAACUAUCAAUGUCACGUGUAACAAAGAUGUUUGCCGUGAAUCAUUGGUUACUUUGCAACUAAUUCUUCAGGCAGCCCCUCAAAACUUAACAGCCUCCCAGCACAAAGAUUUACAGGUCACAAUCGUUAAGCUUUUAUUGGAUAUCCAUCAAUCUUCCAGUAGAACAAUUCCUCUCCCCUACUUGGAUGUCUCGUGUCGUUUACAGCUGUAUCGCACUCUGCAUUUUCUUGUCAUGGAAUCUCAUUCUGAUAGUUGUCCACCUACGACUUAUUCAGCUUUCAUUUUUAUGCAUGGCCUCCGAGACUCUUCCCACCAGGUCUCGUCGUUUUGUGCUGAAGCCUUGAGCAGCAUCGAAAAAAUAAUUCAUCCCAUAUGCAACAGUCUUUACUUCCCAAAUGAAGUGUCAGACCGUGAUGAUCAACACCGCAGCAGGAUCAUCCAAGCGCCAAGCUCUGAAACUCCCCAUGAAGAGGAGUCUCUCAACGAUGUAAGCCAUGUCUCAGAAAGUAUUCUUUCAGACACGAAUAAUUUAACACGAUCCUCAGAGGGUGACACAACAAAGUUUAGCAUCAACACUAGUCGUCUUGAAUUAGAUAGUGCGAAAACUCAUCCUAGUCCUUUGUUACAAAGAUUUAGAAAUUCAUUAGGAAGUGCAGGUGCAGAUUCUCCAAAAUCUAGUGAUGGUUCAUUCUCUUCUGGUUCUAUGGUCACAGUCGUAGAAAAUCCAGCUUUCAUAAACAAAGAUAAGUUGGCAACAAGUGAUGCAAUCAUUCAUAGAACUGAGGAAUCGAAAAGUAAGUCACCGCAAGGAGGAAAAAGCUCCAUAGAGCUAAACAAGAGAUCUGCAGAGGCGGAAGAAAUUUUAAUAGAUUCCGAAGAGAAUUCAAGAGAGGCGGAAGUGUCCUCCACAGAGCCACCGCAGAAGAAACCAAAAACCAAGGAAUCGGAUAGAACAGAGGCUAUAGAAGCUCCAGCAGUUAUCAGGCUUGAUCAAGCUGAAACUGGAGGUAGUGAUGAUGAAGUUCAAGAAAUGCUCGGUGAUUUUGUCGAUCUUGUCAAUGAAGAGUGAGUUCAUCUCACCGAUCCAUGUAAUUUUUUUUUCCCCAUAAAAUGUAAAAAAAUUGCAAUGAUGCAUGAAUUAGAAAUUGAAUCUAGGUACGAGAUCUGCUGAAAGUGAAUCAAUUUUACUUGCCUCAAGUGAAUUCAAGCACUGAUUCUAUGUAAUUUUAAUGUAAUUUCAAUUUAAGCCGGUUUUUGGGUGUCAGAUCUAAAUUUGAAAAAAUGGACAAGGUAGUGGAUGAAAUCUUUGCAUCCUUAACUUGAAGUGAAACUAGUUACUUUUACGUCUAGGUAUGUUUCUUAAAUUAGAGUCUCAGUCAAUGUUUGGUUUAAUAUUCCGUAAGAAAGAUUUUCUACCCAUCCUGCAAAUUUUGUAAGAUUUAAAAGAAGGAAUUCAUUCUGAAUGUCCGUUUAACAUGGGGUGCAAGACUACAAAUAAAAAUGAAAUAGGGAAGUGUUACAGUGUGCUCCUCUUUUUCCCCCUCUUCACGAUAUGGAAUAUCUGAAUAAUGUUAGCUGCUCAAAAAUCUGUACUAGUGAUUCUUACAAUAACUUUAUAAUUGUGAUAAUGACAUUGUGAUAAUGACAUUGUCAUUAUUUUGCCUUGAAUUCCCUGAUUUUUGUAAAAUAAUACUAAGAUCACAAGUAUUUUGGAAAAACUUAUGGAAUCUGUUUUUUGUAUUCUUUUCUCAGUUGUUUCAUAUAUAGAUUGGGCGCAUUGGAGUUAAAAGGAAAUAUCUUGAUUGCGUCAUGGGCCCUAUCGUGCAUGUAUUUUCAUGGGUCUCAAAGCCCAG